AUGGAGAGUUCCAAUGGCCACUGCUCCAUUUCCUUGGCCAUCCUCUUCGUCUUUGCUGCUCUGCUGCUCAACGCUGAUCUAGGGUCGUGCCACUGCUUCAAGCGUAUCUUCUCCUUCGGCGACUCCAUCACUGACACUGGCAACUUUGCAUACACCGUCCGCAACAGACCACUGGGUCCACCCUUGGUGCCUCCUUAUGGAGAGACCUACUUCCACCACCCCACGGGCCGCGCCUCUGAUGGGCGUCUCAUAAUCGACUUCUAUGCGCAAGCGUUGGGCCUGCCGCUGCUGCCACCGAGCUUGCCUCUGGAGAAGACGGGGCAGUUUCCCGCCGGUGCCAACUUUGCCGUGUUCGGCGCUAUGGCGCUGAACCCGAACUACUUCAAGUCCAAGUAUAACUUCAGUGUACCGUUUCCUUGGAGCCUCCAGGAUCAGCUCGCUACUUUCAACAAAGUGCUCACACGGAUUGCUCCAGGAGAUGCUGCAACAAAGAGGCUCCUGAGCGAGUCCCUGGUCAUCUUUGGUGAGAUCGGCGGCAAUGACUACAACUUCUGGUUCUUCGAUCCUAAGCGCAGCAAGGACAGAAACACACCCCUGCAGUACAUGCCCGAUGUUAUCGCCAGCAUAGGAGCCGGCGUGCAGAAGGUGAUCAACCUCGGCGCGAAGACGAUCAUUGUCCCGGGGAACUUCCCCAUCGGGUGCGUGCCAGCCUACCUUAGUACUCACAAGAGCAAUACAUCUGCGGACUACGACCAGUUCCGCUGCCUCGCGUGGUUCAACGUGUUCUCUCGGAGGCACAACCAGCUGUUGAAGCAGGAGGUCGGCCGGCUCAAGUCCCGGAACCCCAGCGUGAAGAUCAUAUACGCAGACUACUACGGUGCCUUCAUGGAGUUUGUCAGGAAUCCCCACAGGAAUGGCAUCGACAGUCCUCUGGUGGCAUGCUGUGGCGGCAACGGGCCCUACGGGACCGGCCGUAGGUGUGACCAGAACGCGAAGGUUUGCCGCGACCCGUCCAGGUUCGCCAACUGGGACCAGGUUCAUAUGACGGAGAAGGCAUACAGUGUCAUCACCAAUGGGGUGCUCAAUGGCCCGUAUGCGGACAUCCCGUUGCUCCACGCUUGCUAG